AUGUAUUGGGCAAGUGGGCUCUGGUUUAAAGGACGUUUCUCCUUGGAGGCGUUUAGCAACUACGACUCUCUCUUCUAUUAUGUCUCAAACGAGAGUGAACACUCUUUCAUGUUUUCAGUUGCUGAAACAGAUUUUUCCACGAUGAUGAUAGACCAACAGGGCGUUUUGCAUAUAAACAGGGUUGAUAGAGAGCGACCGCAUGUCCAUGUCAGUUGCUCUCCUUUCACUUUCGUUGUAGAGGUUGGUUAUAGAUGUUAUGAGAGAAAUUCCAAGGAUUGUUUGCAGACUGGUUGCAUGGUCCCGGAGAUGGAAUCGGGGGUCCAGAAUUGCUCUCGCUCUCCUUAUACCGAGUCCACCUAUUUCAGAGAGGCUGUUGCAGCUUUCCCUGGCAAUGGAACUGUACUUGAUGAGACUGGUGGAAGGCUCAGCUCAGCUGAUUGCCAUGCUGAAGUGGGGAAGAAGUGGCUAUCAAGAGACUAUCAAUAG